GUUGGUGAUGCCUCCAGGGGUAUAUAUACGACGAGCGCUGCGGGGCUUGAUAAACACUUGCCCAUCAGCGAUUACUGCCGCAGCAUGUACACGUCAUUGGUAGCCUUGAUCGCAUUGGCAGCCUGCGUCGCGGCAGCGCCCGCCGACGAGCCAAUACCGAUCGUCAGCCAGAGCCAGGAGGGCCCCAAUCCGGAUGGGUCGUACAAGUGGAAUUACGAGGCCGGCAACGGUAUCAAGGCCGAGGAGGAGGGCCACCUGGAGGAUGUCGGCACCGAGAACGAGGCGAUGAAGGCGGAGGGUGGCUUCAGCUACGCGAGCGACGACGGCCAGGCGAUCUCCCUGACGUACGUGGCCGACAAGAACGGCUUCCAGCCGGUGGGCGCUCAUCUGCCCACCACGCCGGAAAUCCCGCCGCUGAUACUGAAGGCCCUCGAGUGGAACGCGGCGCAUCCGUCCAAGGACGACGAGAACCAGGUGUAAAGCAGCGACCCCCGGCGCCGCCGUCCCAGCAUGUGAUCUCACGACCUCCACGAGUAAUUAUCCCGCCAUGAGAAUGGAAGACGAUUCACGGUAAUAAACUCGCCGGUGACACCGGACGACGAGCGCGGCCGCCGUCGGCCGCGCGCGUCGUCGUCCUCGCCCUCGGGGCGAACACGGAUUGCUCCGGUUCAAAUUUUGUUCAAAUGUUGUAAAUAUUUAUUGCACGCGAUAUUAUGCACACACAUGCGUAUUUUAUUGUAUUGUAUUGUAUUAAUAUAUUAUAUAUGUAUUUGAAGAGACGCAAUAUGCGCCACGACCAUGUAACUGGCUCAACGUUAGAUAUGUGUCGCGGUGCAUUAAGAAUAAACGUUGCAUCCCAGGAGA